AUGAACGAGCGACAGGAGACUUUCUACACCGCCCGACUACACCCAGAUGAGACACGCAGAGCAAGCAUCGACACCAUCUCCAGCGCUGCCGACCGGCGCCGCUGGCGAAACCACGCUCACGUGCUCACGCCUGAACCACAGCAUGUAGAGCGCGAUCCAUUCGACGACUUGGCGGCCAACUUACCCCCUCCAACACCUAACGGCUCAAACGAAAAACCAGACGAGAGCAGCGGCGAAGACAUCGACGAAGACACCGGCCCCCGAAUUGGCCACCAAGGUCCUCGCACCGACGCAACCCUUGGAGGAAACGGCAACGUCCCCGGCCCCGACAUAGGCGAUGCAGAAAAAGAAGCCCUCGCCGAACCCGCACAGCUCCCCGUCCCAGACCGCCGCCACACGGUCUUGCCCUGGCGCGAGCGCAUCCGCCACUUCACGUGGACAUGGUUCUGCCUGACCAUGGCGACGGGCGGAAUCGCAAACGUGCUGUACGCCGUGCCCUUCCGGUUCCGCGGCCUGUACGCCAUCGGUGUCGUCUUCUUCCUGCUGAACUUGUUCCUGUUCCUGUUCAACGUGGCCAUGAUCAGCAUGCGGUUUUAUUUCUAUCCGCGCACGUUCCGCGCAAGCUUUCUGCAUCCGACAGAGAGCCUGUUCAUCCCCGCUGCGAUUGUGAGCUUCGGCAUCAUCAUGAUGAAUGUGUCACAGUACGGCGUCGGCAUGGUGGGCAACACGACGUGGCUGCAGCAUACGAUGAUUGUGCUGUUUUGGGUUGAUUGUGGGUUGGCGGUUACGUUUAGUCUGGGGAUUUAUCUGAUCAUGUGGUCGACGACGACGUUUACAAUUAACCAGAUGACGCCGAUUUGGAUCUUUCCCGCUUAUCCCCUCCUCAUCAUCGGGCCUCAUGCUGGGUCUCUCGCGCCGAAAGUUGAGGACCCCGAGACCGCGCUACAGAUCAUCCUCGGCGGAUACAUCAUACAAGGCAUCGGUUUCCUCGUCAGCCUCAUGAUCUACGCCGCCUUCAUCUACCGUCUGAUGACGCAAAAGCUCCCCAAAGAGUCCCUCCGCCCGGGCAUGUUCAUUUCCGUAGGACCCAGCGGCUUCACCAUCGCCGGGAUCGUAACGAUGGGCCAGGAGCUGCCCCAAGUCGUGCCGAGCGACUUCAUGGGCGCUGGCAACGGCGAGCUCGCCGGCCGCGUUGGCAUGAUCAUGGCGAACUUUGUGGGUCUCUGGCUCUGGGGCCUCGCGCUGUGGUUCUUCUUCAUCAGCGUCGGCGCGCAUUGGAGCUGCGCGCGGAGAGGCAAGAUGGACUUUGCCAUGACGUGGUAUUCGUUUGUGUUCCCCAACACGGCGCUGACGACGAGCACGUUUGCGGUUGCACGGGCGCUGAAUGGAAAUCGGACGAUUCAAUAUGUGGGGUGUGCAAUGACGGUUGCGCUGAUCAUGAUGUGGAUGUUUGUCGUGGUUAUGAACAUCAGGGCGGUACUGAUACACCAGAUCCUCUGGCCGCAGAAGCAGGAGGAUCGCACCGAGGGCGGAUGGAAACAGCAGACUGCUGAUGAGCAGAGGCGGAGGAUGGGCGAUGGUGGAGAGAGUGCUAUGGAGAGGAUUGUGAGGACUGUUAGUCGCAGCAGAGCGUUGGAAGCACCGAAUGGGUCUGCGUUGCCGACGAGGUCGCAGACGGAUGCUGGUCAGAGACGGAGGCAGUGGAGUUUUGCGAGCAACAGAGAUGGGAGAUGA